CAAAUGGCAAAUUAUAGGCAGUGCUGUUUUGGCAGUGAGUUGAUGCUGUAUGCUAACUUCUUGCGGGUCCCUCAACGCUAAAGGCAGAAAGCUUCCACUUUGCAACUCAGCUCUCUUCCUUUCUGGGGUUUAGGCAGAUCUGAGAAGCGGACGACCAGCAAGGACAAGUCGGCUGACGCUCACAUUGUAAGGCAUCGGUUGUGUCCUCGUCAUGGCCUCAUCAACGUCUUCGGCCUCCUACUUCAAGCAGAAGCACCGGCAGUACGACCACCAGUAUCGCUCCAAGCAGGUGCAGUCCGUGCUGCAAGAAUAUGGAUCGGAGAGCAGACAGGCAGAGCACAGCCGCAAAAAGUUCAUUGUUUAUAUUGAUGGAGGCUCUGGCUUAAGCGACCUGGAUAGUUUAUCGAUCGCAACUUCCCGACAUCCAACACAUUCGAGCAUUUUGUCAAAGUCUAUGGUUGGAAGUGGAUCGAUCGGUGUUUCAGAACGGAAUGUGGGCUUGAUGCAUCAAGAAGGACGCAGCUCUGCGGCAAGUCACAGUCGAGUGAGCAGCAGCAGCAGCAGCAUGAGCAGCAGGCAGAGCAGCAGCAGCAGCAGCAGCAAAGUGGCAAGCUCUUCCUUUCGCUCGGCAGAAGAGAUCCUGAGCAGCAAACGGCAUGCCACACGGGACUACUCUGAAAGUGCUGCCAUUAAAAAGGUGCAUGCUGAGUCCGAGUCCUAUCUCAGCCAGGUCAUCGACGGGACGAUGCAUCGAGUCCCGCAGUUCCUGGUGAAGCCACGCUCCCAUUCCGUGUGGGAGAAAUCAAGCACCAGGUUCAUGUGCACCGUGCAAGGCUUUCCCGAACCUUAUGUCAAAUGGUACAAAAACCACAUCCAGAUUGAUCCACGCUGCAGUGCUGGGAAAUAUGAAGUUUAUGGCAACUAUGGUGUGUACACGUUGGAAAUCAACAGAUGCGAUUUGGAUGACACUGCACAGUACAAAGCCUUCGCCAUGAAUGUUAAUGGAGAAGCAUCAACAAUCGCUACGUUGGUCGUUAAAAGAUAUCAAGGAGAAGCUGAACUUGCUCAGCCUGGAUCUGUAUGGCUCCCCAUUCAUAUUCCGCCCCUUCUGCCCCUUCCCUACACCAAAGUCGACAUCACAAUCUUCGACAAGUUUGAUGUCUCUUUUGGGCAAGAGGGUGAGGGAGUCACCCUGAGUUGCAAGGUGCUUCUGCAUCCGAACCUCAAGCGCUUCCAGCCCGAAAUGCAAUGGUGGCGUGAUGAGGCCCGCGUGGUGGACUCCCAGUGGGCGCAGACGUACUGGAGCGGAGAGAAGGCCACCCUGAGUCUGCCACACCUCCACAAGGACGACGAGGGCCUCUACACCUUGCGCGUCGUCUCUCGCGGAUGCUCCCAGCAGCACAGCAGCUACCUCUUUGUGCGAGAUGGAAAGGCUGAGGUGGCCGGUGCCCCAGCUGCCGCCCUGGAUGUCGAGUGUCAAGAAUCAAACCGCAACUAUGUCCUUCUCUCAUGGAAGCCACCCAGUGCAGAGGGUGGCAGUCAUGUGGUCGGUUACUACAUUGAGAGGUGUGAGGUGGGCACCAAGAACUGGGUGAAAUGUAACGACGCGCCCGUCCGCUUCACGCGCCACCCCGUCGUGACGGGCCUCACCGAGGGGAAGUCGUACCAGUACCGUGUGCGUGCCGUCAACAAGGCGGGCAUGGGCGCCCCUUCACGUCCCACCGAGCCCAUCCCCGCUGUCGACCCCGCCGACCUAGGUGAGCCGGCCGCUCCAACAGCUGGAGAAAUAACGGUACAGCAGGGCGAGCCAAAAGGCGCUGCUGUUCCAGCACCACCCAUGGAUGUGGUUGUGGUGGAAGCCAGCAGGAACUAUGCCGUCAUUGCGUGGAAGCCACCCAGCCAAGGAUCAGAGGGCCUGAAAUAUUUCGUCGAGAGGUUGGUGGGAGGCACCGACAGCUGGCAGCGCCUCAACGCGGAGGUGCCCGCGCGCUCUCCGCGUUUCGCCGUCUUCGACCUCGCCGACGGCAAAUCCUACAGCUUCCGCGUGCUGGCGUCCAACGCGGGCGGAGUGAGCGAGCCGUCCCGGCCCACAGGGCCCAUCAACGGAGGCACGACCGUCGCGCAGCCGUCCUCCCCGGGCCGGAUCCUCGCAUCCAGGAACUCAAAGACAUCAGUGGCCGUCUCGUGGGAAGCGUCCAAGCACUCGCAGGGCCUCAUCGGCUACUACAUCGAGUCCAGCCUCGUGGGCUCUGACCGCUGGGUGCCCUGCAACAACAAGCCUGUCAAGUACACACGGUUUGUGGUGCACGGGCUGGAGACGGGGCAGAAGUACGCGUUCCGCGUGCGUGCCGUGAACACUGCGGGCUUCAGUGACUUCUCGCAGGAGUCCGAUGCUGUGACGGUGCUGCCACCUAUAGUGAGCCCAUCGCCUCCCCAUGGGAUUACUUUGCUCAACUCCCAAAAGGAUGGCAUGGUGCUCGGUUGGAAGGAGCCAACGUUCCUUGGAGGUGCCAGCGUGACGCACUACUACGUGGAUUACUGCGAAGUGGUGGCGGGCGAAGCUGGGGAAUGGAACGAGGCCAAAACGCAGUCUAUGGGAGAGCGGGUGUGCAAGAUCAGUGGGCUGGAGGACAGCAAGGAAUACCAGUUCCGCAUACGAGCGGAGAACUUGGCGGGUGUGGGCGACGUCUCCAAGCCCAGCUCUGCCUUUCUAUUCAAGGAGUGGAACUUCCCAGAACCAGGCCCUCCCUUUGAUGUGGUGUUCACCGAAGUUCGAGCUAAGUCUAUCGUGGUGCUCUGGAAGGCCCCUCUCUACACGGGCAAGAGCCCCGUCACUGGGUUCAAUGUGGAAAUUACAGAGGACACUCUUGAGGAACACUGGCAGUUGGUCAACACCGACUUGGUGUCCAAAAGAUACUACAAGGUGAAAAACUUGGAGGAGGGCAAGGCCUAUCGGUUUAGAGUCAAUGCCGUGAACGCGUCCGGAGCUGGCAAGUACUCAGUCCACUCAGACCCUGUGGUGGCAGCCACGCCAGUUGGAUCUAGGGAUGCACAGCUACAGAUCGAUGAUGAUGGCAACAUCUACCUGGAGUAUACCUGUGAGGCUGCCACUGAAGCAUCCAGUUUCUCUUGGUCCAAGAAUUACCACGAGCUUCCAGAAAACAAAGUGACCCCAGAAACUCUCGGACAAACAACAAAGUUGUUCUUCAACAACCCUACAAUGGACGACCUAGGGAACUACUCCUGCGUGGUCACUGCGACAGACGGCUACGCAACAAGCUACAAUCUCACAGAGGACGAACUAAAGCGUGCUCUGGAGACAAGCCAAAAGCUAAAAUAUCCCACCAUACCCCUGAGGUCCGAGUUGGCUGUGGAGCUACUGGAGAAAGGGCAAGUGCGGUUGUGGAUGCAGGCACGGCAUCUGUCACCGACGUGUGAGCUGAAAUUCAUCGUCAAUCAAAGGGACGUUUCCAAAAACGAGAAGUACAAGAUUCAUGUGGACCGCAGCACGGGCAUGAUCGAGAUGAUUAUAGACCAUCUUUCAGCUGUGGAUGAGGGCACUUACACUGUCCAGCUCAAGGAUGGGAAGGCGGCAAAACAAUCCAGCCUCGUUCUCAUCGGAGACGUUUUCAAGAAAUUGCUGGAAGCGGCUGAAUCGCAGAGGAAGGAGUGGCUGAGAAAGCAAGGUCCUCACUUUAUUGAAUAUCUGAGCUGGAACGUGAGCAAAGAUUGCCAAGUACAUUUAAAUUUCCAAAUAGCCAACUUCAAGAAGGAGACGACUGUUUUGUGGUUCAAGGAUGGCAGUAUUCUAGCCGGUGCCCACACCGAAUUCAAAGACGGACACGGCUCGCUGCUCAUCCAAGAGUGUACCAAAGAGAACAAGGGAUUGUAUAAGGUGGAGGUGAAAGAUGAGAGAGGGACUGAUGUAAGUGUUUUGGAUAUUGCUGGUAAAGAACUUGAAGACCUGAUGUGCCAGGUGUGCAAGAUGAGUGCGCUCUCGGCCACACCGCUGCAGUUUGAAGCCACGGCCCAGGGCGUGAAGAUUCAUUCAUCCGUGGUGUAUUACUGCGAGGACCUCAAAGUCACCUGGUACCAAAAGGAAACGAAGCUGUCUUCAACAGAGAAGACUAUCAUUGGCGUGAGUGGAGAAAUGUUGUGGAUGCAUUUGAUUGCACCGACGGAGAAGGACAAAGGAAAGUACGUGUUGGAGCUACACGAUGGAAAGGAGGCCCACAAGUUGGCUGUGGACUUCUCUGGAGAAGUAUAUGAUGAAGUCAUGCGUUUAUAUCAAGCACUCAAGGAGGCUGCCUUCGCAGAGACACAUCGUGCCAGGGUGGUUGGAGGUUUGCCAGAUGUCGUUACAAUCAUGGAAGGAAAGACGCUGAACCUAACAUGCAACGUAGCUGGAGACCCAACGCCCGAGGUGUCGUGGCUAAAGAACGACCGGGAGCUGCCAAUCGACGACCAUCUGUCCGUCACGCUGGAGAGCGGUCAAUACGCCUCCAUAAUCGUGCGGAACAUCGCCAUGAUUGACUCGGGGAAAUACACCAUCUACGUGAAGAACAAGUACGGCUCCGAGAGCUGCCACUUCACCGUCAGCGUUUACAAUCACGACCAGCCUCCACCCAGCGUCAAAGUGCCACCCGGUAGCGUCCAGGCGCCGCCCAGCAGCGCCAAGUCACCGCCAAGCAGCGUCAAGGCGCCACCGAGCAGCGUCAAGGCGCCACCCAGCAGCGUAAAGUCACCGCCCAGCAGCGUCAAGGCGCCACUCAGCAGCGUCAAGGCGCCCGCGCACAAGAAGUGAGAGGCUGCCCAGCGGGUGGCAUUGUCCCCUGCGCGCACAGCCGGCGCACGCACAUCGCACGUAGAGAGGAACCCUGUUUCUUUUUUUUUCUUUCAAAUAUGCACACAUUUCACAAAGAAUCAAUGAAAGCGCACAGCUUGGCAGCUGCAAGCAAGACCGUCGUUUUAAUCAGGCAGGAGAACAACUGCAAAUUAGGAUAGGAAUAUAAACCAAGCACAGAUUCUCAGACACAUUAUGGUAAACAUUGCGAGCGUACAGCAACGCAGCAAGAGACAGUUGAUGGCAUUUUCUGCUUCUGAAGGUCCCAAAAGAAUGUUAUCAAUCUAUGUUGCAUUUUGAAAGAGCCGCAUUGUUUGCUUGGCUAAUUGUAUAGGCACACCACACCUGUGUAAGGUGGGCAAUACAUAUUUUGGUCUAGGACUAAGUUAAUCAACAUUCAAAAACCAUAAUGAAAUGUGUACUUUACCAGUUGGUGAAUGUUAAUAAACAUAUAUUGGACAGUAACAAUAUGGACACAAACACCUAUUUAUCCUGUUCAAAUAACGAAUCCUUGCUGGGUGCUAUAAAGACAUUGCAGCGUGAUACCAUUUGUGAGUCAAUUUGUGAUGUGUAUUGGAACAGGGCUCUUGCUGGCAUUUGUAUUGUGCAAGUAUGUGACAGGACUGUUGUUUAAUAGUGUUAGUUGAAGUUAAUACAGUGUGGACUUAUUUUUGUUUCCUCAGUAGAUGUAAUUGUAGUCUUUAACUUAGUGGCUAUAAGCAGUGAAAGCUAAAUACCUGGAGAUGUCAAAUCAGAGUGUGUUUUAAACUUGAACUGCCUGGUGUUCUAUGGGAAUAAAGGUCGAUAUCACUUCCCUCAAUUAACAAAAACCCUGCCCCCUAGAUCUUGGUGUGUUGUUCGGUAAUGAUUAGGGAGGCAGGCAAGCAGGGUGAUAUACACCCAGAAAACAUAUCCAUUUAUAUCCCUUUUGUUAUGACAGUCAGGUAUCUAUUUCAAUGGUUUUAGCAUUUAAUUAUUUUUCUCUUCCAUCAUCCUAGAUCUUUGCAGGUGUUACCAUUCUAAACCAUUCACUUGCAGCUUGGUCAAGUAGUUCAUGCUAAUUUCAAAAGUUUUGAACUGUCUUACUGACAUGAUGUGAAAUUCCCCAUCGCCAAAAUCAGUGCUGUCAUUUCUCAAGUGCAGCCCUUGUACAUGCCUCUUUGACAUCUACCAUUCCUCUUCAUGUGUAUGAUAAUGAGAUAACAUUGAUUUUUCGAACACAUCUGUUAAUUAGCAGAUAAUGAAAACAGGAUGAAGGGGAGUCAUCAAGGGCUAGAAUUUAAGAAAUAUAAAAUUGGUAUACUAGUCUUUUACAAACCUGACGCUUACAAAUUGAGAACAUGAGUUUAUUUGAAGAUGAAGGGUUAGAUUGAUUUACGAAAAAAAACAUUGGCCUGAUCCGUGUAUAAAUUGAUUUACGCACAUUUGCAGAAUUCAUGUUGUGCGUAAAUUCCUGCAAACUUCGUUCUGCCUAAUUCACGUAUCGGUUUUGGCACAGUUCGCCAUGUGGAAUAGGCGGAGCCCCAUUCUGCAAACGUGUCUCAGUUCAUCAGCAGCCAGGGGAGUGCUCAGGAGAAUGUAAAGCCAUCUGUGGCUCCACCCACCACUCCAAUCACUCAACGAAAUAACAGAUUCGUGUUAUUUAGAGUCAUGUGAGGACAAAGAUGGUGAUGAUGUUGAAGAUGGUGAUAGAAAUAAAAGUGAUGAUGAGGAUGAUGUCGAUGAUAAUAGUUUUAACGAAAAAGAAGGAAUUAUAAGAUGAUGGAAAUGGAAAAGAUGAUGGCGAUGAUAACAAAGAAGUAAAAUAUUGUCGGAUGAUGAUGAUGAUGAUCUCACAGUGGUUCUAAUGGUGGUAAAUGUAGAUGAUGGUAAUGAUGAUAACACUGUGUAACAAUUUUGUUUUUGUUUUUGUUCUUGGUUAGUAAGUGUUAUUUUCUAAUUGCUUAUGCCUCAAAAGUACAGAAAUCGGCUAUUAUUCCCCACAAACGUUGCUUUUGUGACCAGGACAGUGAUAUUUUGAAAUGUACCUAUUUUCAAUGCGAAAACGGGUGAAUUUGUGUUUUUUCGUUCACAUAAAGUCCUAAAAAAAUAAGAUAUGAAUCCAAAUUAACAUGUAUUUAUUCUAAAGUAAUACAAAAUUUACUACAAAAGAUUUAGACACCAAGGCACACUACCACAGGUCGGACUGGCCACAGCAUCAAGUGGGAGCCACUGGUGGACCUCCGGAAGGUGCUGAUGCCACCACUGCACAUCAAAUUGGGCCUUAUGAAACAAUUUGUCAGAGCUGUAGAUAAGGAGUCGGCAGGCUUCAGGUACCUUCAAGACUUCUUACCUAAGCUGUCUGAGGCAAAGGUCAAAGCCGGUGUCUUUGUCGGACCACAGAUAAAGAAGAUCCUGGAGUGCAAUGAAUUCCCCAAGAAGCUCACUAGUAAGGAGAAAGCGGCUUGGGACAGCUUUGUCGCAGUGGUUCGUGGCUUCCUGGGCAAUCACAGGGUCGAAAACUAUGUGGAGCUGGUUGAGACUCUGGUGAAGAACUACGGCACAAUGGGCUGUAGGAUGUCCCUCAAAGUCCAUAUUCUUUAUGCUCAUCUUGAUAAAUUCAAGGAGAACAUGGGAGCGUACUCGGAGGAGCAAGGCGAGCGCUUCCACCAGGAUAUACUGGACUAUGAACGCCGCUACCAAGAACAGUAUAAAGAGAACAUGAUGGGAGUACAUUUGGGGGCUUAUUCGUGAAAGUGAUUUACAAUAUAAUCGUAAAUCUCGAAAAACUACUCACUUCUACAUUUUUUGUAGUCGUUUUUGUAUUACUUUAGUAUAAAUACAUGUUAAUUUUGAUUCAUAUGUUGUUUUUUUAUGACUGUAUGUGAACGAAAAUACACAAAUUCACCCGUUUUCUCAUUGAAAAUAGGAAAAUUUCUAAAUAUCAUUGUCCUGGUCACAAAAGAAAACUUUGUGGGGAAUAAUAGCCAUUUUCUAUACUUUUUAGGCAUAAGCAAUUACGAAUUAACACUUACUACCCAGGAACAAAAAGUGUUACAUAGUGUAAUGAAUGGGUGUUGAUGGUUAUAAAUGGAUGCUGCUGCAUAUUAUAAUGAUUUCGCUGACAUUACAUGUAUUUAUGUUGCUAUUUUACUUUUCCAAAUGAUGGCAACGAAAAUGACAAUGCUGAUAUAUCUGCUCUACUUCUGCUGUUCUAGUCAAAGCGUUGCUGGGAAUGGUAUUUUUUUGGGAUAUGGGAUGAAACAGUUAGGUGCACCUUUGGUUGGAGUAGACGAAGCAAUUGUCCAUAAAGAUUGAUUCAUUUACUCAAUAAUGUACUGUCUUUUCACGGCCAUAUCGUCCGUGGCCCAGUGGAAUUUGAGUUUCAUAGAUUUCACAACGGUAACAGUGACAUAUUCGUCGUUACCGUUAUCACCAUUACUUGCAGCGGUGUCCAUUUAUCAAUGCAUCAACAUAAUUAUCAUCACUGCAAAGGAAGUGGCAGAAUGACGCCCAUAUUGGCUACACUCUUCAGACCUAAUGAUGGCAACACAUGGGCCUUAGUAGUUGUCAAGGUUGCUCUUGCCGCAAUGGACAAAUAUUAAUAUUCUUUUAUUUAUUUUAUCAGUCGCACAAAGGUGAUAAAUAAAAUAUCUGUGGCUCAUUAUGAUGGAUGUGGGAACAAAGGAGGCAGCUAAACACCCCUGUUUUAUGACAGGGGGGCCAAGCUUAUAAGUGGCCAUUUACUUCACGAUAUAUGGUCUCCCAUGCCUCCAAUAAAAAUAACUCCCACCAUGCUCACAGUGAGGUGUUCACACAGAAAUACUCCAAUAAAAUGAAAACUUAUUUGGCAGUGGUGCACAAGCACAAAUAAAAUAAAGUCAACGGUAUUCGUCAAUAGCACUGCCUUAAAAAGAAAGCAUGUAUAAUAGGUGAGGUUUGGGAUAUGACCGUUUUGUCACAGGACAUAAGCCAGAGAUGUAGAGUUGAUAAAAGUUGGAUACAGCACUUUAUGUCAUAGAAAAUGCUACUGAUAAAAUAGUAUUUACAUCUCUAGCCUAUGUUAUGUGAAGAGGAAUUUACCAAAACAUUGCCUAUUAUAUAUACGAUUUAUUUUCAAGGCAGUAUUAUUGAUGUGUCGAGUUUUCUUUUAAACAUAUGUUCAAAAUGUCAUGCUUUAUAGAAUAUGUUAAAUUUACACUCAAAAGAUCAUCCUCCAGUCGUACGGGCAAGGCCGUCUAUAAGGAGAUGCGGGACAUGGGGCAGAUCACACUGUGUGGGCCCCCCGAUGCCUUCAAACUAAACCGGACGUAUUACAUCUGACACCGUCACGUCGAAGCGCAGAGCCCCCCAAAUCGUGGGGCCUGGGGCAGUCGCUCCAAUUCUCCCGACCUUAGGGACGGCUCUGCCUACAGUCAAAGUCAAGCCUUUUUUUCGUGAUGGAAUUUUCAUUUCGAAAGUCUACUUCUUUCUUUCAAAAUUUCACGAUGCGUUAUGUUGAAAAAAAAUUCAGAUUGGGAAAUUGACUGAAAAUUAUUCAUCUUUAUCAAGCUUAUUUAAAUUGAUUUCAGUCUUAUUAGGAGUGUAGUUUGACGAUUUUCUGUAAGUGAAACGUGUGAAUAAAGCCUUGCUCGUUACA